GGGGACUUAUGAACUUGCAGAUGCGCAUUUGGCUGCGUUGAUAGCUAUUGGGCUUGUAUAUAAACAUUAGAAAUAUUCAAUCUGUUCAUGAAUAUAGGUUAAUUUGAGAUGGCAUAGUUUAACUUCUGAACUUGAGUGUAUAUUUGGAUGUUUAACCCUAGGAUGCCUAACGUUGUACUUCUGAGUGAGGGCGUGCUAGGGAAGUUUAACACAAUCUUUCUUAUGUCUGCAGUGUUAGGCUCUUAAAAGCUAUAUGUUGGAUCUAUUUACAGGACGGAGUUCCUCAUGUCUUGCACUGCCGCGCAAUAUUUUAUCCAGGCAGAUUAUUAUACGGAUUGCCUUUUAAUUGGCGUGCACAUCCUAUUUCCAGUAUUGAUUGAAUUUUCCUAUGUUUUCAUAGUCGAUUUAUUAUUGAACUAUUAUCCCGUUUUCGCCCGCUUUGCAGAGCCAGACUAGUGUAAUGUUAGGUGCUUGUUACAGUAGCCUGCUCAUCUGCUAAUGCUAAACUUCUAGUGUGUAAGUGAAGGCCACGCGUAAAAAUACAGCAUGAGUCCUAGAAGGAAACAAGAUCUCACCAAUCUGGCUCAUAGAUUGCGACGGCAUGGCCACCACAGCUGAUGGCUGCAUACAGUUCACACGGCAUGCGGGAGACGUCCUCCUCAACCUCAACCGCCUCCGCAGCCGCAACAUCCUGACAGACGUCACCAUCCAGGUGGACGGACAGCGCUUCAGCACGCACAAGACCAUCCUGGUGGCAUGCAGUGGGCUCUUCUACUCUAUCUUCAUGGACCCUGAGAAGGCGGACCUCAGCGUGGUCACCUUGGACCACAAAGUGGACCCCACGGGCUUCUCCAUCCUGCUGGACUUCAUGUACACGUCCAGAAUCAACCUGAAUGAGGACCUAGUGGAGGCCACCAUGAGCACAGCCCUCUACCUCCAGAUGGAGCAUGUGGUGGACACCUGCCAGAGGUUCAUCGAGUCCAGUGUCUCCAGGAAACUGCGGAGUUCUCUGAAGCUGCAGUUUGACGGCGAGCUGGGCGGCUCUGGCGGUCUGUCGGCCGAGGAGGUCUGGGCACUGCGGCCCCUCGGCGAGACGGAGACCAACCUGCGCUCCAGCCACACGGUGUCCCCCCCGCAGGGCUCGGCCGCCGCCGCCUACGCCCCGAGCGUGGUCAGCGGCAUCAACACCUCGGGCUCGUACCACGUCUACGCCGCGCCGCCCCGCGCCGCCGCCGCCGCCGUCCUGGGCCGGCAGCAGCAGCAGGCGGAGGCGCGCCUCCUCAGCGGCCUCCCGAGGGAGGGGGUCUCGUCGUCCCAGACGCCCUGCCCCUCCUCGCCGCCCGGUGCCAACGUCCCCGUGGCCCCGCCCACGCCCAGCUCCACCCGCCACGGCGAGGCCAGCCUGAGGAGGAGCGCGGCGGUGGCCAAGGAGGAGCCCGGCGCGGUCCAGUGCCCGCUGGCGCCGCCCACUCCGGGCUUCGGGAAGGGCGUGAUCUGCAGCCCGCAGAGCCCGCUGCGCUCCGACGGCCACCCCAACUCCCCCACCGAGUCCAGCAGCAGCAGGAACGCCAGCCUCGGCCUCAAGAGGCCCUCGGCGGGCGGGGAGGACACCGCCGCCGCCGCCGCCGCCACCAAGGCCCGCAACUGGAAGAAGUACCGCUUCAUCGUCAUGAACCAGGCGGCCGACGGCGGCGAGCGCGGGGCCGAGGGCUCCGGCGGCGGCGGCGGGGAGUUCUUCGGGACGUCGUCGAGCCACUACCAGAGCGGGCCGUCGGACACCAGCGGCGAGGGGCCGGCCGGAGAGGCGGGGCCAGAUGACCGGGGGUUCCCCGUGUCGCCCAUGGCUCGCCGCGCUGAAAGCAGCUGCCGGGACAGCAGCCACCUGAGAUGCUCGUCGUGUGGUUAUGACAGCCCCCAGGGGGUCGGGGACAUGGAGCCCUACUCCCCCGGCUCCUACAGCAGUGAGGACACCAACAAGGCCCUCUCUGAGAACUACCACUCCAGCUCUGAAAGCCACACGUUCUUCUGCAACGAGUGUGACUCCAAGUUCACCGAGGCGGACUCCCUGAAGAGCCACAUGCUCCAGGACCACAGCGACAAGCCCUACAGGUGUGACUGCUGCCAGGCCGCCUUCCGCUACAAGGGCAACCUGGCCAGCCACAAGACGGUCCACACUGGGGCCAAACCGUACCACUGCAACAUCUGUGGUGCGCAGUUCAACCGGCCAGCCAACCUGAAGACCCACACGCGUAUCCACUCAGGAGAGAAGCCGUACAAGUGUGAGACCUGCGGCUCACGCUUCGUACAAGUGGCCCACCUCCGCGCUCACGUGCUGAUCCACACCGGGGAGAAGCCGUACCCCUGUGUGAUCUGUGGCACCCACUUCCGCCACCUCCAGACACUCAAGAGCCACAUGCGCAUCCACACGGGCGAAAAACCCUACCAUUGUGAGAAAUGUGACCUCCACUUCAGACACAAGAGCCAGCUGAGGCUCCACCUGAGGCAGAAACACGGGGCGGUCACCAACACCAAGGCCCCCUACCGCCGCGCCCCCUCUGCCCUGGGGGUCUCUGCCUCCUCCUGAUCCCCGUUACCCCCGCCCCCUGGAAGAUGUUCUAACAAAACGGUGGUCUUAGUAAUCUACAACUGUGUUGUAUUUUCUCUUAAAUGUGAACAAGGUGUUUAAAAAAAAAAAAAAAAAAG